GCGCCCAGGAGCAGGAGGAAGAGACGGCGCUGUGUGUGUGUGUGCGUGUGUGUGUAGCCGUGCAAAACCCGGAGCCCGGUGGGGGCGGGGGCAGCUUUGCUUCGUGCUGAAAGAGCCUUCUAACAAGCCCCCACCUCUUCGUCGACCCCGGCAGGAACCGAAGUCUGGGCCGCCGCCAUGUCCCACAACACUUACAAUAAAAUGUGGGCGGAAGCCCAGGAGUCCCUCAACUGCCUGUUACAGAAGGAGAUAGAAGAGAAAUCCCACAAACCAUUGAAAGAUCGCCCAGUAGUGUUUCAAAUGCUAGGCACUUUCUAUGUCAAGUAUGUGCAAAUAUUUCGCAAUUUGGAAGCUGCUUAUGACCAGAUUGUUCACCCACAAAAGCGUUUAAUUAUUCGGCAAAUGCUUGAUGGAGUAAUGGGUCGUAUUUUGGAGUUAAAGAAUGAAAUGGUGGAGCUGGAGUUGUCAGAAUAUCAUUACUUUGAUGACAUUUUACAAGAUCUUAAGCUGGCUCCUGAAAACAUUGAAAUUCCAAUCCCAAAGUAUUUUAUUAAGGAGAAAAUAAAGGUGUUGAAAGAGAGGGAGAAAAUCCUUGCUCAGAUCAUGCUUGAUGCUGGGCUGUAUGAUGGCGAACCUAUAAAAGUUGUGAAACCCAUGCCCUUAGAAGAAGCUAUUAGAACAAUUCAAAUAGCUGAGCGAGCUCGUCAGGGACGACUCCGGGCUACAUUCAUGAAGCAAAUCUAUAUGGAAGAAAAGAGAGAGAGGCUAGCCAGGCUUACGGGUGAGAAAGGCCUAGAUAUAGAUCGUGCUGUAUUAUUCAUUCAGAAGCAAUGGCGUGGAUACUCCCAGUGGAAGAAAAGUCUGAAACUCAGAGAAGAAGAAAUGGUAUUUCUAGGGAUGAUUCCACCUCCUCAUUUCCAUAAACCUAGCAUUUCAAUACUCCGCGCCCAGAAGGUGGAUAAUAUAAGAUGUGAAAUUCAGGAGAAACAUGAAUUAGACUUCCAGAAAGCUCUAGUAACCAUCAAAGAGCGUGUGAAAGAAAUUGAAGGUCCUGACAUCAAAGAGAGUCUCCAGGACCAGAUCCGCCAGUGGUUCAUUGAAUGCCGGCACAUGACAGGAAGAUUUCCGGACUACCCUGACCAAGAACAAGGCGGUUCAGCUGUUCUUUUUGCUGAAAAAACUCCAGAGGAGGUGGCUGCUGAAAUACUUGCUAAAGAAGAAGAAGAACUGAAAAAGAAGAAAAAGAAAAAGGGGAAAAAAGAAAAGAAAGAAAAAGGGAAAAAGAAAAAGCAAGGGAAAGAAAAAGAGCUGAAACCAAAGAAGAAAGAGCAGGAAGAAGAAGAAGGUUGGAAAAUGGCACCUAGUAAUUUUCUCCCGGUAAUGGAAGCAGGAAACAACAAAUACAAAGAUGUUUGGCAGAACAGAGAUGAGGGGUGGAACUUCUCACAGGAAUAUGACCCUGAACUGAUCAAGGAGGAAAAGAGGAAAGAAGUUGAAGAAGAGAUCAGAGUACAGGUUGAUGAGCUAAUGCGCCAGGAACUGAAGAAUUUAAAGUUGGCUGUGGAUAGAGAGAUAGAGAGAAAAGGCCAAAAAGGCAAAAAGAAAAAGAAAAAAGGGAAAAAGGGUGGAAGGAAGAAAAAAUCUAAGAAGGAUAAAGAUCUGACUCCUGACAGGACUAUUGAUUCUCUCUACCAGGAGCUGGUAGAAGCACAGAUAUUAAUAAGAGCCAAGAAAGUGAAACUCUGCGAUUAUGUGGGUGAGUACAGCUAUCUGGGGUCUACCCUUCGGCAGAAAGACAUAGAACCAAUGCCCUCUCUCACGGAUGUCAGGCAGCUCAUCGCUCUGUAUGGCAUAUUGCCAUUAGGUUCUCAGUCUGUGCAUGAGAAAGCACCUCUGGUGAAAGCCUUGCUUUUGGCUGGACCCGAAGGAGUCGGGAAAAAGAUGCUUAUUCAUGCUCUCUGCACUGAAACGGGAGCCAACCUCUUCAAUUUGUCUGCAGCUAAUAUUGCUGGCAAAUACCCUGGCAAGGCUGGUCUGCAAAUGAUGCUGCACAUAGUGUUUAAGGUCGCCAAACAACUACAACCAUCAGUCAUAUGGAUUGGAGACGCAGAGAAAACUUUCUACAAGAAGGUGCCUAAAGCUGAAAAGCAGUUGGAACCCAGACGACUGAAAAAGCAACUUCCUAAAAUUUUGAAAACCCUGAAAAUUGAAGACAGAGUAUUGAUAGUAGGAACCAGUAAGCGUCCCUUUGAUGCAGACCUCAAACCCUUUUGCAGAGUUUACAAGAAAAUCAUUCUGGUUCCAAGGCCAGACUACGCAUCAAGAUUUGUUUUAUGGAAACACAUCAUUGAGCAGAAUGAAGGGGUGUUCUCCAAAAACCUGAACCUCAGCUGCCUGGCACAGGUUUCUGAUGGUUACACUCAGGGACACAUAGUAAAAGCAGUUCAAUCCGUCUUAACGGAACGGCGCCUGAUGCAGCUGAACAAGAAGCCACUGACUUCUGCUGAAUUCCUGGUGUGCCUAGCCAGGCAAGAUCCAGUUUACAAGGAGGAGGAAGAAACAUACAAGGCUUGGUAUGCAAGGACUCCUUUGGGGAAAGCUCGAAUCACGUCACUGACAGUGAAGGAAGAUACCGGAAAGGGGAAAGGGAAGGGGAAAGACAAGGGGAAGGGGAAAGACAAGAAGAAGAAAGGGAAGAAGAAGUAGGAACGGUUGCUUGUUACUCAGCACAGCAAAUAGCAUUGUUACCUUGAAAUCACAGCUCCCUGCUUGAUAUCCCAGAACAACCUAUAUCUAAAAAUGUAUAGAACAAGGCAUCAGUGUGACGCUCAAAUCCUCCAAGGAAAACUAGUGACCACUGAACUUUACUAUUGCUACCUAGACUAUUUCUUAUAAACUCAGAUAGGAUAGCUGGAGUCUUACAAAUGUAUUAUUAAAUUUAUGGUAAUCUGCCUAAAAAUGUAAUUGUAUAUUUAGACGCUCGUUUUUUAUCAUUCCUUCUUCACGCUUCCCCCGUUGAAUGUGCAGCUUAAACACACGCAAAGAAAUCUCCAUAGGGCUCCAUUUCUCACUUUCCACCUUCUUCAUCAGCCCACAAACAGCUGAGCAGUGAAUGGGAAGUCCCAGAACUUGAAGAACUUGCCAGUGUAGAGAGAGGGAGAGCAGGAUGCAGAUAUGAGAGGCACACGAAUUCCCAUUCCUUGGGCAUGCAAGUUGGGGCAGGUAGGAACUCAGCUGAGCACUAUGGGGAUGCUUCUCUGUGUUAUAGGUCGUAGAUGUUUAUGCCUGACAAAACUUUUUCAGCAUCUGUAUGUAUCUGUACGCCUUGAUGUAUUAAUUAUACUUUUCAAUAAAAUGUUCAGAGCUCAAAAGGUUAUGUUCUAUUUUAAUUUAACUUCAUUUUCAAAACAUGGUAUCCAAACCACUGAACAUAGAUGAUGAAUUACAGGGGCCUGCUUGGGUCUCAGGUUCAACAGACUCCAGAACCAAUGAGUCCAAAUUUCAGAAACGUUUGGAUUGACUGGAGUUAAUAAUAUACAAAGCAAAUGACUAGAUGCACAUCCAGUUUUCAAUAAUAUCAAAAGAUGCAACCAGUUCAAAAUGUGACACUAUGUAUAACUUAUGGGGGGGGGGGGAAUCUGUGGUUUCAUUUUAACUGCACAAACAAAUUCAAGAUGAAUGCUAGUUGCAAAUCAGAAUGAACACUCAAUAAAGACCAGAACCGUCUGUGUAAGCUUUGGAUGCUCAAUAAACAGGUCAUCUGGAGGAGCAUUACUGAAUGCCCUUCCAUAUAAAUUUCCCCACCACACACAGAGAGAGAGAGAGAGCAUGUCAGGACAAAGGCUAGACUAGAACCCUGCCUCCUGAUGUCUCAUUUUCUAUGUGUGGAA